GCGGGGCGCUGGCGGGGCGGCCGCGUGCGGCGGGCGGAAGCGGCCGGUGCCGCGCAUAGGGGCUUCCGGCAGGGCGGGAGGCAGAGGCAGGAGUGGGAGCAGCAGCGGCAGUACGAGCGUUAGCGCGGGGAGCGCGAGCAGCCGCAGCCAUGACGGUGGGGAAGAGCAGCAAGAUGCUGCAGCACAUCGACUACCGCAUGCGGUGCAUCCUGCAGGACGGCCGCGUCUUCAUCGGCACUUUCAAGGCCUUCGACAAGCACAUGAACCUCAUUCUUUGUGACUGUGACGAGUUCCGCAAGAUCAAACCUAAAAAUUCAAAACAGCCAGAGCGGGAGGAGAAACGAGUUCUCGGUCUCGUGUUGCUGCGAGGAGAAAACCUGGUGUCCAUGACAGUUGAAGGACCACCUCCAAAAGAUACUGGAAUCGCCCGGGUACCUCUUGCUGGAGCUGCUGGAGGACCUGGAGUUGGGAGAGCAGCAGGCAGGGGAGUACCGGCUGGUGCACCCAUGCCACAGGCUCCAGCAGGAUUGGCUGGCCCUGUCAGAGGAGUGGGAGGACCAUCCCAGCAGGUGAUGACACCUCAGGGUCGUGGAACAGUGGCAGCUGCUGCUGCAGCCGCUACUGCCAGCAUAGCAGGAGCCCCGACCCAGUACACACCAGGUCGUGGGGGUCCUCCUCCACCCAUGAGCAGAGGAGCUCCUCCUCCAGGAAUGAUGGGACCUCCUCCAGGCAUGAGACCACCUAUGGGCCCACCAAUGGGAAUGCCACCUGGCCGAGGUGCUCCUAUGGGAAUGCCCCCACCAGGCAUGAGACCACCCCCCCCAGGAAUGAGAGGACCCCCUCCACCUGGCAUGCGUCCACCAAGGCCAUAAGAUAUCCCGUAGUGUACCUUUGGACUGUGAGAAGACGGAUUAAGGGAAUACACCGAGCAGUACCACCUGUCACAGCUUAGCUAUGUAUAUUUUAUAUUUACUGCUUGUAAAGUUUGCCAUUUUUAAUAAAGUUGGAAACCCCA